CAAAAGGGCGGAAAAAAGAACGGAGAAUUUACCAAAACGGAAAAACAAGGGGGACUUCUGAACUUUGAAUUUGGCUACAGGAUUCAGGAACCACUAAACCCUAACUGGUACCGUACCAUGGACGAGGGGGAAGCGAACAAAGAAGUCGAAGUCGCUCCCGCCCUGAUUGCAGUUCACCCAGUCCAGAAGUCCGUUGCCGUUGCUGUUGGACCAAGCCUCCGUGUAUUCGACCUUCAUGCUGGUUCUGCGGCUUCAUUGACUGAUGAAUCCGGUGGCCCAUUUCAUAGAGAUUCUAUUCGGGCAAUUCGAUUUGGUUCAAAAGGGAGGCUCUUUGUGUCUGCAGGCGAUGACAAAACUGUCAAGAUAUGGUCAGCUGAAAAUUGGCGCUGCAUUUGUACUGUGUCCUCAGAAAAGAGAGUUAGUGCAGUUGCUGUAAGCAAUGAUGGUUCUUAUGUGUGUUUUGCUGACAAAUUCGGUGUUGUCUGGGUUGUGGAUCUGGCUGGAUAUGAUGGCGAUCAACCAUUAGUUGAUAAGAAAGCAACCCCACUUCUUUCUCAUUAUUGUAGUAUCAUCACUAAUUUGGAAUUUUCGCCUGAUGAUCGAUGCAUUGUUAGUGCUGAUCGGGAUUUCAAAAUCCGUGUUACUAAUUUUCCUGACAAGCAUUUGAGUGGAGCUCAUGAGAUACAGAGCUUCUGUCUUGGUCAUACAGAGUUUGUUUCCUGCAUUGCCUUUGUUCAUGAUCAGAAUUGCCCUCAAGGCCUUCUCAUAUCUGGUAGCGGUGAUUCAACAGUCCGUAUGUGGGACACUUCAUCGGGAGCACUCCAAGAUACCUGUGAGGUUGCGGUUAAGGUGUGCUUUUGUGUCAGUGCAGGAGUUGCAGAGUGUAAUGAUGAAGCAGAGGAGCACACACAUGCUGUGACUGAUUUAUACACCAUCAUGGAUGGGUUGCUUGUUGCAGUGGCCCUUCAGAGCUUGCAAGGAAUAAUAUUGCUAAGGUGCAACGUUUCUGCUCGAACACUUUCUGUUGCCAAGGUUAUUUCUAUUUCAGGAGAGGCUUUUGUACCGACUUGCUUGGGAAGCAGCUCCUGCACUGGGAUGUUGUGGAUGGUAACGGGUGUGUCUAGUCUACCAGGUUCCAGUUAUCCCGCCUUAGCUCGCAUUCGAGUAAUUUCUGGUUUUGAUGUUGAACAAGAACCAGCAGUUAUUGAAGAUGACAAGAUUCCUGGGGGCGAGAAAUUGCUGGAAACGUUGCAGGGUAGCACAUCGGUGGAUGAGAAUGCUUUCUUGGCUGCAGCUGAAGCUGUCAAGACAGCAAUGUGCAAUCUAUUGAUUAAAAAGCAAUACUCUGCAGAGAAUAGAGAGUCUAAGAAGAGGGCCAGAAAUGAUAGAAAAUUGAAAAAGCAACAUAGUUAACCUCGGCUACUGGUACUUUCUCCCAGUUAUAGCGAUAUGUUUAGCAGUCUUGCCCAUUUCGUUUCGAUCUAGUCUCUUUAAGUUGUGUUUGUGAUCAAAUUUUGUUUAAUCUAUAAUGAAUUCAGAAGAUGGAAUUUUAAUAUGACCCAGAUAGUUUUUAUCACCAACAAA